AUGGGACCAGACGGAGCAAGAGAUAGGAGGGAUAAAGAAAGAUCCGAGUUAAUAACUUAUUAUAACACAAAUACAAAAAAAAUAGUGUCACAAAAGAAAGUUCUUUUUCGAAUAUUAGCUUUAAUUGGGGACCAAACAAAUAUUGACGAAGUGUAUGAAUCCCGACUAGCGGAAAAAGCAAGGAAAAUUGAACACUACAUCCAUCGAAGUUGUGACUUCACUGUCAACAAAAAAUAUAAAGAUACAACACGUAGUAAAAUUUGGAAUUUGAAAGACAAAAAAAAUCCUGAAUUACGACAAAAUGUGGUUGAAGGAAUAAUUGGCGAAGAAGAAUUUGCAGGAAUGAGUUCAGAGGCAAUGGCAUCCAAAGAACGAAGAAGGGCAAAUAAAAUAUUACGAAAGAAUUCUCUCGCACAAUCAAUUGCUGUGUAA